UAAUGAGAAGGGAUCAUGAGCGGACCCGAUGAGGCAACGGCAGAACGGUCGUUACGGACGCUGACGUUGAGCGACAAAAGUUGGCUGUACAAAGGCGAGGGGAACGCAAACGUCGUGCUCGCGAUGCCUGCGGACGGGACGGUGUUGCGCGUCAUGAAGGACGGCGGAACGGCGGAAACACUGCGUCUGCGCACACGGUACUACGACGCGAUCCGCCGGUCUUUCUUGGACGAGUACACCGACGUGCCCGUGCUCGUGUCAGUGCACGAGGAACAGCUGCUCGAGGUGGACCGACGUCUGCGUGCACAGGGCUGCCGGCCGUCGGACAGGCUUUACAAGGGCCUCGCGUUCACGGUGGGCCUAGCGGCCGUGUGCCCGGACUACACGGUGCUGAUGCAAGCGCGGGCCGCGAUCACGCCCGUCUACUGCGUCGAGAUCAAACCGAAACAGGGAUGGCUGCACGUGACCGACAGGAGGGCGCAGGCCAGGUGCGCGUUCUGCGCGCAUCAGUAUCUGAAGCUGUGCCGCGGUGAAAUCUCGGUCGUCAGCCGGUACUGCCCGCUGGACCUGUUCUCCGGGCGCCGCGAACGGGUGCGCCGCGCUGUCCGCCGACUGCUGCACACGCCACAGAACAAUUUGAAAAUGUUCUUGGAUGGCGUCCCGCUCGAUGGCCGGGACGGUGGUUUCGCGCGAGUGGCGAGCGACGCGUUCGGUGACGAACACCGGUUCGCUGAGUUCGUCGCGGCCGUCUUGCUCGACGAUGCCGCUGCCGGCACGGAUCAGGAGGUGCACGCGGCCGCCACGGAACAGGACCCGGCAACAUCGCUAGCCGGGUGCGACUUCGAAGCGAUUCCCAUGCCCCGGGACUGUGUGCUGCACAAGAUCCUGACGAUGCAGAAGAUGCAAACGACCGGUUUCGCAAUCGUGUACUCGGAGUACGACCGGUCACCGAAGUCCGCGGCCGCGCAGUUCGGCCACGUCGAUCGCUUGGUGCGGGUGGCCGCGGCUGGAGGACAGUUCGUGCUGGAUCCGUUGGACGGCUAUCUGGUAGCCGCCACCGCUCAAGACUGUUCGCUGUUCGUGACGUUCAGCGGCACACGGAUGCCCAGCGACACCGUCCAACAACAACGGGGUGUCGUUCGGUUCGGCACCGGUUGGUACGCGGUCCAGGUCAAAGUGUCCGACCUGGACCCGAAACCGUUGUCCACCGUCGAAAAACACCGGAAACGAAACGCCGACAUGUUGCUGGCCUGCGAACAGUACUUAGGUCGGUGAAGAAACGGCGUUCGGUCUGCGAACCUAUUGUUUUACAAAUAUAUAAUACUCAGGUUGCAUCUCUCUCGCGUCUAUUCCAUCGAUUCGAAUAAAAUAUUUUUACUUCGUGUGUA